AUGGCUAAAUCGGAAAGUCAUAUUGUUAAUGAUGGAAUGAUUGGGACAAAUCAUACUCUACAAUCUGUUAUCUUUGAUAAUUUUAAUCAUUCAAAUAUGUAUAAACGAUCACGUGUUGGUCUUCCGUUACAUAUAAUUUCAAAUGAUUUAUACGCAUCCAAUAUGGAAACUAUUGGUACUAAACAUUCCAAAAUAGAAACUUUCUCCUGGACAACAGUACCACGAGGAUGGGAUGUUUUUCGUUUACUACCACCACCACCGGAUAACCUGAAUCGUGGUAAAUACGAAAAUUAUUGA